UCAAAAAGAAAAGCCCUAGCUAUAUUCCGAGUUUCCACAGCGCUUCUGAAAUCCGAAGGAUACGGCGUUGACGGGGCAUGGCAUCUACUGAAGAGCAGCAGGAAGACGAUCUACAAGAGAUAGAUCCAAUCUCCACUCUACUUCUACCACAAGAUCAUGACAACGCACUUAAUAUGCCGGUAGACGGCGCAGCCAAUCAACAGCUGCACCACCACCAUCAUAUCUCUUCUAUCGACUCCACCGUACUCAUCAGGCAGCUCCCCUCCCAAGGCCUAUCCUUCCAGCUCUGGCCCGCAGCUACCACUCUCCUCACUCUUCUCGACCACCAUAGCUCCCAUUCCGCCACCAGUCAACUUUCUCCUAUCCUUGCUGCCUUAUCAUCCAAUACCCGCCCUCUCAAUGUACUCGAACUCGGCUCCGGCACUGGCCUUGCCGGAAUUGCAGCAGCCAUCACUCUCGGUGCUAAUGUUACGGUUACUGACCUACCUAACGUCAUUCCUAACCUCCAAUUCAACGUCGACGCCAAUGCCAACACUGUGGCUCUUCAUGGAGGGAGCGUCAAGGUGGCGCCGCUCAGGUGGGGAGAGGAUGGUGAUGGUGACGUGGAGAUUAUAGGGAAGGAUUUUGAUUUGAUACUGGCAUCCGAUGUUGUUUACCAUGAUCAUCUAUUCGAGCCUCUGCUCUAUACGCUGCGUGUGCUAAUGGGCUUGGGCGAAGAGGAGGAGAAGAAGAAAGUGUUUGUUAUGGGUCAUUUGAGGAGGUGGAAGAAGGAUUCUGUGUUCUUCAGGAGGGCAAGGAAAUGGUUUGAUGUUGAGGCUAUUCACAAGGACAGUCCGUGCGAUGGGUCAAGAAUUGGUGUUGCGGUUUACAGUUUUGUUCGCAAGGGUCAAAAGUUGUAGGCUGGGCUGGUAAACAAGCAGUCAUCAUCAAUGAAGGAAGUACCUCCACAAAUUUUAGUCAGGUCUUUAGUUCAAGCACAAUUGUAGAUCCAUCAAGUAUCAAGGAUGGAAAAUUUUCACAACCUGCAAUUGUCUAAUUGACAUACAACUAUAAAUCAAACUAUUUUUUUUCCCA